AUCUACAGCAAAGCUGGACAGUUUGCUCCAAAUUAUGAUACAGGGUAUGGAUCAGAUUUCCAGUCAUCAUCGAUAUACUGCAAUGAGAAACUGGGGACAGAUGCAGAGGAUGUUGCUGACACUGGCCACCUGAACUCUAUGAUGGAAGAUUUGAACAAGAACAUGUCCAUGCAAGGUAUUCAAACCGCUCCUCAUGGCAACUGUGCUGCAUGCUCCAAACUUAUUGUUGGCCAGGUGAUAACGGCGCUACGCCAACUCUGGCAUCCUGAACAUUUUGUGUGUGCCCAUUGCAAACAGGAGUUGGGCACAAAAAAUUUCUUCGAACGAGAUUCCCUGCCCUACUGCGAAGAGGACUACCACUACCUCUUCUCGCCUAAAUGUGCGCACUGCAACGAACCAAUCCUCAACAAAUGUGUAACUGCCCUGGACCAGACCUGGCACCCUGAACACUUCACAUGUUACUCGUGUGGCAAGCCCCUGGGGGAUGAGGGCUUUCACGAGAGAGAUGGACUCAUAUUCUGCCCGUCAGAUUACUUCAACCACUUUGCACCAAAGUGUGGCGCGUGUGGUCAGGCAAUUGUUGAAAACUUCAUCACAGCACUCGAUCAACAGUGGCAUCCAAACUGUUUCGCUUGUUUUGAAUGCAGAAGACCAUUUGGUGCCUCAAGUUUUUUUGAGCACGAAGGACUUCCAUACUGUGAAGCUCACUUCCAUGCGAAACGAGGAUCGCUCUGUGCCCACUGCAAUCAACCAAUCACAGGCAGGUGCAUCACUGCCAUGUUUCGCAAGUUCCACCCCGACCAUUUCGUCUGCACCUACUGCCAGAAGAUCUUGAACAAGGGCACGUUCAAGGAGGAAAACGACAAACCGUACUGCCAUCAAUGCUACGAGAAACUUUUCAUUUGAUUGAUUCAUGAUUAUUUGCCUGUAUGCAUGUAUGCCCCUCUUUUCCUCUUUCUUGUCUCCACUUCUUGUUUGGAAAGUUUUUUAUUGGAAAGUUGGUUCUUAUAUUAAAAUUUCAAUGAACUAUUUAUGUAGAUUUUUUGGGGUUUUGUUAGUUUUUGAUUAUUUUUCCUAAUUUCCAUUUGCUAAAUUGUCGCACUGAUAGUAAUUUAUUAUAUUGCUU